UCAACCGACGUUCGUAAUGCUCCCUUACAGUUCCUAACUAUAUUUAAAGGUAAAGGUGGAAAAACCUCCUCUUUCUCCUCCAAUACUUCGAACCCCAAUUUUUCCGUCUCGCACUAUAUACGCGCGCACUCAAACAAAAUUUUGGAAACACCAAUUCUUGGGUUUUUUCGGAAAUGGGGCAACAGACGUUGAUCUACAGCUUUGUGGCUCGAGGAACGGUGAUCCUCGCCGAGUAUACGGAGUUCACCGGUAAUUUCACUAGCAUCGCCACUCAAUGCCUCCAGAAGCUUCCCGCUUCGAACAACAAGUUUACGUACAAUUGCGAUGGCCACACCUUCAAUUAUCUCGUCGAGAACGGAUUCACUUAUUGUGUAGUUGCUAUUGAAGCUGCUGGUAGACAAAUUCCUAUUGCCUUUCUUGAGCGAGUCAAGGAAGAUUUCAACAAGAGAUAUGGUGGUGGGAAAGCUGCAACUGCUGUUGCCCACAGUCUGAACAAAGUGUUUGGAUCGAAAUUAAAGGAGCAUAUGCAAUAUUGUGUGGAUCAUCCUGAGGAGAUCAGCAAGCUUGCUAAAGUUAAGGCACAAGUUUCUGAAGUCAAGGGUGUUAUGAUGGAAAACAUUGAGAAGGUUCUCGAUCGUGGUGAGAAAAUUGAGUUGUUAGUGGAUAAAACUGAGAAUCUCCGCUCACAGGCUCAGGAUUUCAGGACACAGGGCACUAAAAUGAGGAGGAAGAUGUGGUUUCAGAACAUGAAGAUAAAAUUGAUCGUUUUUGGUAUCAUCGUUGCCUUGAUUCUCAUCAUUAUUUUGUCCAUCUGUCACGGCUUUCAGUGCUAAGUUCCAUCUCGAUUUCCCUCGACACUGUAAACUCUGCCUUUGCUGCAUUGGAUGAUCUUGGUAGAUAGAUUCACAUACCCAACUUGCAGAUCUUUGAUUUUGGCGUCUUCCAUUCGUUCUAGGCUGUACUCAAUUCCCAUCCCCCUUCUGCUAGGAUAGCCUUCUAAGAUGGGGGAGGGAGGGUCUGUAUUUUGGUUUGAUGUAUAGAUAUAUAUAUGCAAAUGCCUUCAAUCUUCAGGUAGACCUCUAGCGAUCCAUGUUGUGGAUCCUCUGAGAUGUAUUAGAGAUACAAACUUGGAAUUUCCUUUUAAUGUUCUUUCUUUGGUAAGUUUUUAUAUAACUGGUUUUUCUGGUUUUUUCA